UUUCAGCCAUUGGUCUAUGAUUGGUCGUUGCUCGUAUAUCCCACAAUGCAUCGCUAAGCUACUUCCUUUUCUAUUCGGCCAUUUUCCGCCCCGAACGGGAAGUAGGCAACCAUGGCCCCCAGUCGGAAUGGCAUGAUAUUGAACCCUCACUUUCACAAAGACUGGCAGAAGAGAGUUCGAACAUGGUUCAACCAGCCUGCCCGGAAACAGCGCAGACGUAAGGCUCGUCUGGCAAAGGCUCGCCGCAUCGCACCUCGCCCUGUUGCUGGACCUCUGCGACCUGCAGUGAAAUGUCCAACAAUCAGAUACCACAACAAGGUUCGGUCUGGACGUGGGUUCUCACUGGAGGAGCUGAAGGCUGCUGGAAUUAACAAGAAGGUGGCCCGCACCAUUGGCAUUGCAGUGGACCACCGCCGCCGUAACAGAUCCACAGAGUCCCUGCAGCUGAAUGUGCAGAGGCUGAAGGAGUACCGCUCCAAGCUCAUCCUUUUCCCCAGGAAGGCCUCUGCUCCCAAAAAGGGCGACAGCUCUGCCGAGGAAUGCAAGAUGGCUACUCAGCUUGCUGGUCCAAUUAUGCCCAUCAAAAAUGUGUACAAGAAGGAGAGAGCCCGCGUCAUCACAGAGGAAGAGAAGAACUUCAAGGCUUUCGCCAGCCUGCGUAUGGCCCGUGCCAACGCCCGUCUCUUUGGCAUCCGCGCCAAGAGGGCCAAGGAGGCCGCAGAGCAGGAUGUGGAGAAGAAGAAAUAAGAACAUUUGUUUGUACGAGACUAAAAAUAAAAAUCUGUCAACAAA